AGUUAGUAUGAGAAUUUCAAGUUGCCCCGUUGCGGUUGGUAGCUUCUGCUAUUUGUUAUUGUUAUUCAUGUCUGUGAUCGGCGAAAGAAAAUAGUAGCAUGUCUUUUGAACGCAAUACUAGGUCCUUAUGCUUAAAAGUCAUUCGUCCAUUACUUUUUGAGCUCCGAAAUUCUUACAAACGCACUGUCUUGCCUGUUAACACCUAUCAUCGUUUCAGGAAGAAAAAUCAUCAAACUUCUCAACCUCAAAGGUUCAAAUACUUCUUAGUACUAGACUUUGAAGCAACAUGUGACAACAAUUUCUUUCCAGAAAUGGAGGUUAUUGAGUUUCCAUGUCUGAAGAUUGAUUCUUCGACAUUUGAAACGCUUGGCAAAUUCCACAUAUAUGUUCGGCCAGUCAAACACCCUCUUUUGACGCCAUUUUGUGUUAAUCUGACUGGCAUUAGUCAAGAAAUGGUAGAUGGCCAAUUACCAUUCUCAGAGGCUCUGACGGAAUUUUUAAAGUGGAUUGCAAAUAGUGACACACUAUUACAUGGGCCUCAAGCUAAUUCUGCUCUUGUUACUUGUGGAGAUUGGGACUUGUUAAAAAUGCUACCAAAUCAAUGUGCCUUGUCGGGAAUUCCUAUUCCAUCUGAGAUGAAAUCUUGGAUUAACAUUAAGAAGUCAUUCCUCCAUUCAACUGGCCUUUAUCCUCAUGGUAUAAAAGAUAUGCUUGCACAGCUAAAUUUAGAACACGAGGGAAGGCUUCAUAGUGGAAUAGAUGACUGCAGGAACAUUGUGAAGAUAAUGCACGGUUUAGCAGCAAGGGGACAUAUAUUUCAAAUAACUCGUAGUUUUUCUAAUCGUCCCCCCGUUCCCCGUACGUAACACGUCCAUUUUUUUUUUUUGUACAUUUUCAUAUAAAAUAAAUUAUCAAAUUGAUUGAAAUGCGU